CAAAAUUCAAAAACGUUUUCAAGUCGACCGGAGACGGCAUGUAAAUAACACUAAAUGAAAGCGUUAUGCAGAUAUCAUGGAUUCUUUGAUUCAACGUCGAAUAUGAGUAGACUGUUUCAACUACAAGUAGCAAACAAGUCAAGCGGAUUUCCCCGAGCUACCGCAGUAAUAUGAAGAAUACAAGUAAAGACCAAGGGGCUUUUCAGUGAUCUGAUGACCAUGAGACAGAGCCCAAGGAGACCCCUGAUCCUCAAAAGAAGAAAGCUGCCUUUUCAGCAAAAUGAUCCAACAGCAGCUGAACCACAAAGCCAGUCUGGUUCAUCAGGCUCCAAAGAGCCUUCGAAAUCAGCUGCGAAUCAGUGCUUCCCUGAUGGGAUCCGCAUUAUGAAUCACCCCUCCAUGUCUGAUACUCAGGUGGUUGUCAUUCCCAAAACAGCAGACCUUCAAAGUGUCAUCGGAGCCCUCACUGUUAAAGGCAAAGAAUGUGGUGUCCAGGGACCAAACAAGUUCAUCCUUCUGAGUGAGAAUGGCAGUAGCGACAAUGGAUCUUUUUGUCAGACUGCAGCUGAGGGGAAUGACGUUUCUACAAUGAGUACUGAUGGACAGCCAAUGAAAGCGGACACUAUGCUCAACUCCCCCCAUGCUAAACCUCUCACUAGAAUUAAACCAUUGAAUAAGGAAUUGGAGUGUGGUCCUUUGGAUGACAGCCUCACCAAUAUUCAGUGGCUGGGCAGAAUGAGCACCUGUGAUUUCGAACCAGAUCCUACUAAGCAGACAACCAACAAGGAGAACCAAAACUCAAAUUCACAAGCUUUCCAGACACACAAUACACAGAUGAAUACAGAGGCUGCUCAGCAACCCAUGUCAGAGAGACCACCAUACUCCUACAUGGCCAUGAUCCAGUUUGCUAUUAACAGUAGGAAGAACAGGAGGAUGACACUGAAAGAGAUUUACAUGUGGAUCGAGGAUCAUUUCCCUUACUUCAGAGAGGUGGCUAAACCUGGAUGGAAGAAUUCCAUCCGCCAUAACCUCUCUCUGCACGACAUGUUCAUUCGUGAGACAUCACCAGAUGGUAAGAUUUCUUUCUGGACCAUCCGGCCUGAGGUGAAUCGAUGCCUCACUCUUGAUCAGGUCUACAAGCCUGGUUGUGACCCAAUGACUGAUCCUGUCCCGGUGUCCAUGCUUUUACUUCCCCAUCAACAACAAAAGAGGAUGCUUCCUGACGCAAGAAAGACACCAACUGGCUCUGAGAGAAGGAUGAAACCUCUUCUCCCACGAACCGAAUCCUACUUGGUCCCUAUCCAGCUCCCCGUCACCUCUUCUGUCUACCUGCCCUCGUCGUCAGCUCCGUUUCCUCCGUCCUGCUCGCAGCAGAAACGGAACAUUUCACGAGGUGCCAAGAGAGUACGGAUAGCACCCAAGGUGACACAAAGCGAUGCCCCAGCUGUGGUAGCGUAUCCUGACAAGAGCAAAGACCAUAAGGUGGAGAUGAAGGAGGAGCCAGUGUGUGUUCCGAUUAAAUGCGAGACUCCUAAAGCACCUCCAAAGAGACAAGCCAGCAGCUCGAGGCGUAAACAGCGCCUGGUUCACUCUGCGCACGAGGAGCCUGUCCUCCUCUGUCCUGAUAAUACUUUCUUUGACUCUGGCGUGGCCUCGGACACCUCGACUUUCCACGACGUGCAAAAUACUGAGCUGGAGGAGCACCGGCAGGAGCAGCACAGCCCCGACCGGGAGUACUCCUUUAAGACCCCCAUAAAAAGUAGCAGCCACCUGACCUCCUCUACCCCCAGCAAGCCCCCCUCCUCAAAUGUCUUACCAGAGCCCUGGAAAGUAACCCCCGUAGGAAAAGGAAGCCAAAAUGUCCUGGACUUCAGCCCCAUUCGCACGCCGGGUGGUCCCGCCGUCACCCCACGGCACGACUACACCACAUUCAGCUUCAACACCACUCCCUUUAAAGACUGGCCUCUGUUUAGCUCCCCCAGAGAGCUGCUCACAUCUGCUGCUCCUCCCAGAGCGACCGGACCAACUGACUCACCCAGCGACUGUCUCCAAAGCAGCUGCUCCAGAGAGUUGCUUCAGGCAGGAGGCGCCACACCCGUUAACCGCUCCAUCACAGAGGGCCUCGUCCUCGAUACCAUGAACGACAGCCUGAGCAAGAUACUAGUGGACAUUAGCUUCUCUGGUCUGGAUGAUGAGGACUUAGGUAUGGCUAACAUCAGCUGGUCCGAGUUCAUUCCUCUAUUUAAGUAGCCAGAGGGCCAAAAACUCAUUUCGUAUCAUUUACAUGGCAGCGUCAUAUGUUUUCCAAAACACUAUGGGCAGGAAAGCCCACACAGAAACAGCAAAGCAGGUGCAAAUGCAGAAAAGACAUACACCAAAAACUCUGGAAAUGAUCAGAUUUUGAGAGGGUCUAUCAGGACAAUAGCAGCUAGGUUAAAGGGAAUAUUACACUGUUGUUUCAUGAUGAUAACUGAAGGGAAUCAGCUUGGUCAGAGUGAGUCACCAAAGACACCACAUGUGAGUACACGCAUGGAUUAAAUGCAGAAUCCAUGUUUUAUAGUUUGGUAUAGUAUUGUUCAGGUAGAUUGUUGCAAAGCAUAAAAAUAUCCACUUUUAGUGUGGUUGUCUGGUUGACUCAGCAAAUUUCCUCACUUCAGUAGUAAAUUCAUUUUCACUGUAUAAGAACAACAAUCUUUAAAUUUGCGAAUUGGAGCUUUAACGUAAUGGAUGUAACCUUCCAUUCGGUUGCUGUGGUCGUUCAUAAACCUUUAACAUUCAAAUGCAUGCCAGAAAUGUUCAGCCUCUUUUGCUUUAAGACCAUUUGAGUUUGCUUUCUUUUGCAUCUGCUUUGCUUUAUUCGGACGUUUCUGGCUGCCGUUGGAAAAUAAGUAACUUCUUUUUUUUUUUCUUUUAAAGAAUGGCAGGGACACUUUAAUUUUAAUUACCAGGUAAAAUUAGCAAGCUGCUUACUUGUUGUCCCUCACAUUGUAUGUUUUUCACCUCUGGCUCACUUUUUUUUUUCUUCUUCUUUAUUGGUUGUAUCACUCCUUAACUGCUUCAAUGUCACUCUUUCUUUUCAUGUUUUCUCUUUUAUCUUCUGUCCUACUUGUUGUAUCUGUCUGUACUCUUGAAGGAAUCGCUAGAGAAGAAAAAUAAGUGUAUAUGUAUGUUGAUUUGCACAUUUUAAUAUAUAAUUUAGCUUUUACAUAUGUAAAUGGUAAGACAUUAUAUGGCCAAAUCAGCCAGCGAAAUAUUUCUGUGCUGUUUGGCUCAGUCAGCUUCCUGGAAUCAGUUUGUAGACUUUUAGAUUGUAAUGCAGGAUUAUUAGCAAUAAAAAAAGAAAAUAAGUAAUUCAAAUAGCACUAACAGCAAUAGGACUGUCUGUAUGUUUUUUGUGAAACUCUCUUCAUCACUUGGCUUUAAAGGUCCUUGCAGUAAUUGUUCAGUAUGUCAGUAUCAACUCCAGGGCACUUUGUACCAGCAAAAGGGACAUCUUCCAUGCCAGGACAUUUUACAUCAUCUUUGGGAACAAAAUGCUUAAUAUUUAGUUAUCUAUCCAGCACAGAUUGUAUUUGUUUUCAAUAAGAAUGCAUAUUGCUUUUUGUGCAAACAGGAAAAUAGGGGAGCAGAGCAGGUUUUUUUUUUUUUUUUUUAUCAGCACCAUCUUUGAAAGAUAGAAUGGGAUAUUAAUCCAUUUUUAAGAUGCCACGAUAAUAAUGUAUGGCUUCGGAUUUGGUAGCAUGUGUGUUCCUAUGUGAGGGCUUUUACAUUGCAGUAACUUGAUCUGUUUACAAUUGCAAGAGUGGAAUGUUGUGGUUUCUAGCAGACAGCUUUCACAGCAUAUGCCUUGUUGGUGUUUCUAAGACUGUACAAUAAAACUGUUGGUGUUGCUGCCUCAUACAGCAUAA